GUGUGUCCCGUGCCUUUCCCCACGUGGCUGAUCAUCUUUUCCCUCACUCAUUUUCCGCUUGACCAGACUUGACGCUAUCGACUACGGUUUCACAUACCUAAUAGUGCUUAUUUGGGCGAUAACUUUACCACUAUGGGCUCUGAACAGGAUUCCAAACCCAAGACUUCUUCGUCGCCCGUAGCCUCAGGGUCUCCUCCACCCGUUACCACUCUGUCGGGUCAAGAUCCUGGCGAGACGCGCCGAUCGCCCGCAGAUGACGAGGACCAACAGCCAGAAGAGCAUGCGCCGCUCCAAGUUGAUGAGGAUGAAAUAGCUGGCGAUGACGCAGACUCUACUUAUGGCUCUGACCGAGGCUCAACCUACACUGCUUCCGCCACGUCAUCAAUCUACGACUACCAGUAUGAAAAUGGUCGUCGCUACCACGCUUUUCGCGAGGGUCAAUACGUCCUCCCCAAUGACGACCAGGAGCAACAGCGCCUAGAUCUUCAACAUCACAUCUGGCGAUUACUCCUCGGUGGUGCCCUGCACACAGCUCCACUACCUAACCCAGACUCACCCGACGAAUACCGCAUCCUAGAUCUCGGCUGCGGCACUGGCAUUUGGGCCAUAGAAAUGGCCGACGAGUACCCCAACGCAACAGUCGCCGGCGUCGAUCUCUCCCCGAUCCAGCCGGACUGGGUACCCAGUAACUGCAUGUUUCACGUUGACGACUACGAAGAUGAGUGGACGUACCGCGAAAGUGAAAAGUUUGACUACAUCCACGGUCGGGCGCUCAGCGGCACGAGUGCAGAUUGGAUGAGGUUUUACAAGCAGGCGCUUAAUAAUCUCAAGCCAGGCGGGUACAUGGAGAUGCAGGAGUAUGAUGCGUGGAUCUUCAGCGACGACGAUAGUUGUGAUAGGGCGCCGUGGACGAUGGAGUGGGUCAACAAGCUUGAUGAGGCGAGUAAGAUGUUUGGGAAGCAGAUUAAUGUUGCAAAGUAUCAUAAGCAGUGGAUGAUUGAUGCUGGGUUUGAAGAUGUUGUUGAGAGAGUUUACAGAAUACCCAUUGGUUCAUGGGCGAAAGAUCCGACGCUGAAGGAGCUGGGAAAGUUUGAGCUGACGCAUAUGCAAAUGUCGGUUGAGUCGCAUACACCAGCUCUGUUCACGCGCGUAUGGAAUUAUUCGCACGAUCAGGUUAUGGUGUUGAUGGAGGGUGUGAAGAGGGAGUUUCGAAGUCGUGAGUUGAGAUUGAUCACGAGUUAUCGAUUCAUCACAGGACGGAAGCCAGAAGAGGCUUAGUCAUGGGCAGAUGUGCGGGUUGCAUCUGGCGAUAUAGCAUGGAACGAGUUCUUAGAUGUCUAAGCAUGGAUAGUAAAGCGGGCGUUUGGAUAUAGGAGGAAAUUGACUUUCUUUAUACACAGCCGGGCUCAUACCUUCCAAGUCAUUGAACUUUGAUGUCUUAUUUGCUACCAGACCUGAGGACUGGCAGUGAUCUAUUGGAAGAUGGUCACAUAGGAAUU